AUGGAUGAUUCAUUCAUGGACGCCUCUCAUGACAGUGACAGCGAAGAAGUACGUGUGUAUGGCCCUCGGAACAAAGGGAAGAGAAAGGCGGAUGAGUCUUUGUCUUUCUACAUGUCUACUGGGGAAUCUGGUAGCUCUGGUUUUGUAACCGAUGUCGGUGGUUACAACCUUUCUCAUAUCACCUCCAUGGCUCUGGAUGGUCCAAGUAUCAUGCAGACUACAGAGAUUGACUCUGGGUCAACCGUGUCGAUGGCUGUCUCGGCCGUAUACGUGGACAAUGCCUCAUCGAGUGAUGACGAUUCAGUGUAUGAGAGCUUGUUCGAGUCAGCAGCUGAUCAAGAUGUGAAGUCGACAGCAGUGAUGAAUGACGACAUGGACGUCGAUGAUUACCACCUUGAUCUGGCUUCCUCUGUCAGAGGAUUGUACAGGAUCCUUGAUCUCAUUACCGAACAAGGCAGCGGUGGGCUAGUCGACAAGAUCAUUAUCUCUCAAAAUUCGUUGAAAGCUUUCAUUAAUCUCGUGUGCCCUGGCGCAUAUGCAUCUAUAACAAAGGUUGACUUCAAGGCGUUGGAUAAUUAUAUCAUGAAACCCGUAGGGCUGGACAACUGCUUGCGGAUUCAAACAGCUCUGGACCGACGAAGCCUACUCUUCGAUCAGGUCUAUGUCUUCUCUGACCAACAGAACCGUAUGGUCAAACGGAACAAAUCUUUGUUAUACCUCACAAAGAUGUGUGACCAGGUUGUUGCGUUAAUUUCUGCCGUGCACGCGCAGACUAUUGUAUGGAAUGACGGAGACGGGGAUGGGGAUGACAACGAUGCCAGAACCGAAGAUGACGAAGGAGGAUGUUCGGGGAAGGUUAUAUCCGGGUACAUCAGCUAUUGGGACUCGGCAUCAGAGGCGUCUGCGGAGCAGGGUCCGCCGGAGCCUUUUUUGCUCUUUGGGGAGACUGCACAAGGUUUCAUGACCGUACAGUAUCUAGCGGCUGGACGUGUAUCUGAUCUUUUCAAGGCGAGGCACUUCACAAUUCUGCAGCUGGAAGGUUACCUCUUCCUCGAACGGGCAUCAUUCCCCCAUCCCGGAGUGGAUCAAUCAACCCCUUCACUGUCCUUCCGAGAAAUCGCUGCGCUUUAUCCCAACGUGGAUGAAAUUUUUCGGCGAAACAUCAAACCGGUGGAAACAAUCUCUAACCCCAAGUUCCGGGACAUCAAGGAUCAAUUAUGCCUAUUGGUUGAAUUUAGUUCUCGUGUGGGCGAAAUCAGUGAAAGCCAUCGCCAUGCGAUUGCGAAAGCUGCUACGGAAGAGGGAUUCAAAGCAGCUCAAAAUGCCAUGAGGGACGCCUUCAAAGGCUCAAGUACUACCCAUACCACCCAGCUCUCCGAUAACUACUCUGCUCCAGCCAUCUAUAAUCCAAGAGAAGGCAAGGUUCACUUCGUGCGACGUGCCGUUCGCUUCGUUGCCUCAGUCUUCUUUAGUCCAAGCGAAGAUAAAACUCCCUUUACGGACCAUGUUCUUCGGGAAGCUCUUGGCAACGCGAACGAUAUCUCGGAUAGCCAGUCCUUAAAGGAGGUUGUCAACGCAGAAGUGAUCCAAGAGGAUCCAGAACUGACAAGUUUGGUGCAGGAAGCAUAUUCUCAUGUGCAGCCGUCCUUGGCCACUACGAUACCUGGUGUCGUGAAGAAGCUCGUCGGGUUAGUCAGACACACUCAGGAGGAGACGAUGAAGGAAAGAACUAAAGCUGAUACUGAGAGCCGAGAGGAGCAAGAGAAGCGCAGGCUUAGACUACAGUUGAUCCGUUGCGUCAAUAAUUCGACGCGCAAAACCAAGCGACCACACACAUUCUUUAUAGAAUCAGUCGAGGAGAUCUCCGGUGCUCGAGAGACCCAAGAAGAUCCUAUGACAUGUUUUACGGUUCAUACCAUGAGCCUCAUGGAGCAAGACAAACAUGACUUGCAGCUGGACCCAUCCAUCAUUCCUUCUCCCCGUUUUCGCUUCGAGUAUAAAUUUAGGCGUGCGCAGUUACUCGAGGGAGAGAAGUUACUGCUUAUUGUCUCGGACCGUGUUGGCAAUGUGAUGGUUUAUCUUGAUCACCUAACCGUCAUCGAUGCAGCGAUCGGGCGAGGGCGCGGAAAAAGUUUGAAUCGCGAGAAGAUCGGACAAGAUUUCGUGCUAGCAUUCGAUGAGUCCAAGCGAAUGCUGAGCGUCGUCUCUUCCGACAAGCUAUUACUCCACAUCUUCGUGUACGACGACGCACGAGGCUUCCAAGCCCUCGGAAGUUCUAUCAACUUGACCGCGUGGUACAACGAAGGGACAUCCAUUCGUCACGCAUGCUUUGUCAGUGGCAGUGAAGAGCUCCUGUUAGUAGACUCUCUUGCCCAGGCUAGGAUAUACUCUCUAGUUACGAUGCAGUUUCGACUCGCGACUCUCAACCUCUACCACGUCCCGUCGAAUGUAUACUCUACACCCGAUGGAUCGUGCCUACUAAUUUCCUAUGACCAUGGAGCUGGCCAUGCGCUAACCGCGUACCAUUGGACUUCCUUUGGCUCGACGGAGGGCAUUGAGCUUAACAUCCCCGACCUUCCGAUUGGCAAACCGUUCGUGGUCACAUCACUAAUCUCCACGACAGCUGUUCAUCUUUUGUGGCUUGACUUUUCCACUCAUCGAUGCCAAUCCUAUGCUUUGGACAUCACCCGUCGCAUUACCGAGUUCAUGUUCCGAGAGAAGGUUGGUCGCAGCUGGUCUAAACGAGCGGAAAAAAUAACAGCACACAAUUGCCUGGUGGAUUGUCAUUCGGAAGUCUGGAUUCGUUUCCCAGUCCUUGCUGCGGUGCAACGGGAGACUAUUUCCUCCGCCAGUCUUAGGAGUCAGAGAACUCUGGUCUUUGUCACUGACCGUAAUUUCCAAAUGUUUGCACAGCACUUCUCCGACAUGAUCUACAGUUUCGAGCACAUCAGUAAGAAGCCUACUAGCGAUAUCCUCAAAUCUAUUAAGGUGUCAGCUGCGGCAUUUUCUGUUUUUGCGCAAGAGUUGUGCGGCACCACGCCAUGGAACGUUUCACAAUAUAGGGCAGGCGAAUGGAUUGUCGAUUUCCUGUGUUUGAUCCCAAUUCACAUUGCGUUAACGAAAGAAAAUCGUUUUAUCCCGCUCAAAGAUGGUGUAUAUUCCACAGAGCUGGAAAGGUCACUUUUGGGAGCCGAAGUGAGCCGCAUCGUAGACAGUAUCUCCUUCGGGUGGUACGAGUCGCUCUUUCAGUCCUACAUGGCGACCAAGCCUGUUCGAGUGGUGUCGUCCAUAGGAGAACAAUCUGUUGGGAAGAGCUAUACUCUCAAUCAUCUCGUGGAUACCUCUUUUGCGGGAUCGGCGAUGCGUACGACUGAGGGAGUCUGGAUGUCUAUCACGCCAACCGAGAAGGAGCUCAUCGUAGCCCUAGAUUUCGAGGGUGUCCACAGUAUCGAACGGUCCGCCCAAGAAGAUAUGCUGCUCGUACUUUUUAACACUGCAAUCUCGAAUUUGGUCCUUUUCCGCAAUAACUUUGCAUUCAGUCGUGAUAUCGCAGGACUGUUCCAGUCCUUCCAGUCUAGUGCUACUGUUCUAGACCCCGCAGCAAGCCCGUCACUAUUCCAAUCGACUUUGGUCAUCAUUAUCAACGAUGUCGUUGAGCCAGACAGGACGGAAGUAGCGGGGGAAUUCACCCUCAAGUUCCAACGAAUUGUACAAGACGAGCAAGAAGCGAACUUUAUCACUCGACUUCAUGCAGGAAAACCGGCGAUCAUUCCCUGUCUUAUUCCUCACAGGCCUGUCAUAGAGUCUAAGGAAUUCUACAAACUAUUCCCAAUGCUAAAGAGGCGUUUGGACCAACAAGUUGUAACGCAUCAUGCUGCAGGCGAAUUCCUUCACGAGGUGAAAACGUUGAUGGCGAAGCUCAAGGCCAAUGAUUGGGGGGCAAUGUCGCAGACGAUGGCGUCUCAUCGAGCACAACCCUUGUCGUCGCUGUUGCCGAAUGCAUUGGCUUUUGGCUUCCAGGAGGUUCCCGAACGAGAGCCGUUGAAGAACCUUGACACCGACAUGCCUGUGGAGCUGCCUGAUACUGAAUCACAUUUAUUCCUCGCAGUUGGAAUGGCCCCGCAGUCAGAGCUUCGUGAGCAAGCGUUGGCAAUCCUUCAGAGUUCCUGGGAGCGUUAUCGCGACCGUCAACACAUUCCUGAUUCAGAGUGGGUGGAAGCCCUGUCCCAAUACCUCGAGGGCGUGGUUAAUUUACGAACCAAUCAUGUGAAAGAGUGGCUUUCCCAGAAUUUGUCGCGUUUCCAGACAGGACACGCAAGCAUCGAGGAACUUCGACGGAAUUUUGAAGGCGCCACCGUCGAUCUGAAGAGUAAUACUAGUCGCGAACUCCGAGAGUGUAACAUGGCUGCCGGACACUCAGGGAAACAUAUGUUACCGGUCACCAUGACGAACAUCUGUGUGCCACCUCGGUGCACGCUUGCGGAAAGCUUAUCUGGCCUUAAACUUGCUGACGGAUCAGAUUAUUCGUGCCCCGGUUUAUGCAGAAUCCCGAGCCUAUCGUUGGACAGGCAAGAGUAUCUCUGCACAGCUAUGUGUUUCGCGCAGGGCAUAUGUGAGAUCGAAACGGCACCGCAUUCGAUCGAAGCAACCUUCACGGGCAGGCACGAAACCUUCCAGUAUACGAAGUACUCGCAAGUGGCAAAACGACUGAAGUGUAUCAAGCCAAUCCCCCCCGGUGCAACGAAACACGAUGGUUCUCAUAAUCACAGUCUCGAUCAGAAGGUCAUUCACUUUUGCGAGGCCAGGUGCGAAAAUUGCGGGUAUUUCUGCGGUGUACAGGCCACCCUCAGCAAGAGCACGAAACACGCCACUGGCUCUAUGUCUCGUACACAAUGGACCAUAGAUGGAACUGACGAUGCUGAAGUUCUGGAAAUUGAAGGGAGAAGGUUCUCUACCAACGAUGAGGGUGCUCCAAUGAUGUGCAAUCUUGUGUGCCAGGCAAUGGGUCGUCACGUGCAUAUUGACUAUUGUCGCACUGAGGAAGCAGCCUGCGUUGGCAACGACGAGAUUCAGCACAUCACAAAACACCUGCUACCUCACCCUGACAGGCCUAAGGACUACGUUACCCACAACUUGCACUGGAAAAGAAGUGGUAAGAUCCGUAUUCGAAAGAAGAACAAGCAGUAUUUGCAAAAUGUGGUAAGCGGUAUGGAUGUGGUACCUUGGGAUCCUUCUCUUGACCAGGAAACAGGCCUAGAACACGCUGGCGACGCUGGGAAUCUUGCUCAACCUUCCUAUUGUACAUUGCCGAUGUUCCAUCCACCAGCAGAUCUGAGUGCUGGUACCCCAGCUAUGGGAUACAUAUCCAAUGACGGUCAUCAUUUUGCUUGUCGUAAUCCUGUCGUGAUGCAGCAAGCAUUUCAUGUAUUUGGCGCAGUUCUCUCCUCACUGUUUAGUUUCUGGUCAGCCCGCGCAGCCGCCGUCGGAUCAGGCGACAGUGCAGCCCGCAGAGACGCCUAUAGUAUUAUCCUGUUCAAUCAUGGCGCCCUGACUGUCAUCGAAAAUGAUUUGACAAGCAAUCCAGACCAACUGCUUGAUAUGCUCUUGUCUCAUCAGGCGGGUAUUGGGACCAACUUCACAGCGGCGGUUAUUGCUGCUCAAGAUGUCAUGGAGCGAAAUUGGAGCACGGAGAGGCAAAGGAACAGUCUUCGGUCUCCUGUCAUCAUCUUUCUUUCGGAUGGAGAGAGCUGGAUUGCAGACCAAACUAUGCAAGAUUUGUGUGGGUCAUCCGUUCACCUUGGAAAGGCCGUGUCUUUCCAUGCGGUAUCAUUUGGUCCAGAUACGUCUUCGGAAUACCUACGCAGAAUGGCAGAAAUAGCGAUAGACGCUCAGAAUAACGCUCCGAGAGACCCAUUCGCACCGGCCGCUGCUACAGUCAUGUCGUCAUACAACCAAGCUCUGGACUCGGUUCAACUUGCGGAGACCUUCCUUGGAAUUGCGGAGUCGCUGAGGAAACCGAGAGGGGCAUAG